GAGUGGGUGUGACUUUAAACUUGUCUCUAAAUCAAAGUUCAGCCUGUUUCCAGAGGACUCUCUGCCAGCCUGUGCGUGUCACCUAAAGCGAACCAUUUCCAGCAGCUGCCACCAUGCCUGAGAACGCAGAGGCACACUCCGCCACGCUCACCACCAACCGCAACUGCACCAUUGAGAUCACCAAUGUCAGCUCUGUCUACUGCCUCGUCAACCCAAAGAUCCACAUGGAAAGUGGCUUCUCCCACAGCCCUCCGCAGCCCACCGUGCGCACCAAUAAGACAGAGGUGUGCUCUUUCACCAAGGAUGACAACACAGCAUCAGGCGCUGUGGGUGUCCUGACCUACGAGCUGUUCGACAUGCGCAACCGCCGCUGCGAUGGCAUCAUGGCCGUCAUGUUCUCUGUGCCAUUCGACUACAACUUCUACAAGAACUGGCUGGGUGUGGGCAUCUUUGAGCAGUCACGAGCUGUCGACAGUAAGCUGUUCAACUACAUGUACAACGACAAGAACUGCAGCGACUUUGUUCGCUACGAGGCCAACGGCUCAGGGGUGGCGUACAGGGGGAAGGCGCUGGACGUGAGGGCCUGCAUGUCUGAUGAGGGCAAGGCUAUCGUUAAACUGGAGCUGUACGACAGGAUGGGCUGAAGAGUCUGUUUGUGUUGGGUGUGAGAACAAAAUGCUCAGAAAUGAUUGAGUGUAUUUGCAGAUAUUCCUGAAAACUAAAGUGCAAGUUGUCAUCCUUGUCCACAUGUAGGUGAAUAAAAAAAACAGUUC